UACAAGCAAUUUGUGCGAUAUCGAUAGGACGAAAGCAAUUUUGUACAAAUAUAUUGCCAGCAAUAACAAUGCGAUGGUGAGCUUUGAUAUUCGAGUUCGCUUAAAAGACUAUAGCAGCGGAAAUUUGCCAACAGUUGAGCGAGUGAUUUCAUAACGUUAGCACUUGAAGGUUUCGGAAGUGAGUUUCGCUAGUAAAUCAUAGACAAAGACUUUUAAGUGAACAUAGUAUAAUAUUAGUUACAUGCAAUAUAAUAUUAUGUCUAUGAAUAAGCAAACGUUUAGUAAAAAGUAAAUAACAACAAACACAAAACCAGAGACAAUAACUCAUUAAAAAUAAAGUUAAGCAAAAACGAUUCAAAACAAAUGCGAAAAACUCAAGUCAAAGCGUUGCAACUGAAGAAUAAAGAAAAGACUGCUUAGAAAAAUCAAAAACGAGCAAGUGUCGUGUGUUUGUGUAUUUCUUUUUGAAUUCCACAAAAUUUUAAAGUACAACAACGUUAGCUAAAAUGAAGUUAAGACUUUUACGUUGUUUACGUCACACGAAGCCUCAAGGUCCCGACGAAUUUCAUACAACGCCGCAGGAUGUGGAGCAGCAAUUUACCGAAGUACGUAAAUCGUUUCGUGAAGCCGUGAAAAUUUUGUUGUUGGGUACAGCAGAAUCUGGCAAGACAACUAUUAUCAAACAAAUGCGUAUAUUGCAUAUAAAUGGAUACACAGAUGAAGAACGUUGUGAUAAAAUCCCUGAAAUCUAUCAAAAUAUUCACGAAUCUAUGUAUCAGUUGGUGCAACACAUGGCUAUUCUUGGUCUACAGUAUCAAAGUAUAGCAAGUCGGAAGUGUGCGGAAUAUAUACUCUCAUUGGGAGAUCAGGCGCCGGAAUAUAUAAAUGAGGAUUAUUGCGAUCACAUCCUCACUUUGUGGAAUGAUAUUGGCAUUCGCUCCUGUUUUGAACGUUCCAACGAAUUUCCAUUACUGGACAGUACGAAAUAUUUCCUCGACAAUUUCGAACGCAUCUCCGAUCCCGACUACAUUCCGUCCACCGAGGACAUACUACAUAGUCGUAAGAUCACCACUGGCAUACACCAGAUUACUUUCAAGGUGAAAGUGCCUCGCGCUAUGGGUGGUGGAGUGCAAGAGUUUCGAAUGUAUGAUGUUGGUGGCCAGCGUGAUCAGCGUAACAAAUGGAUACAGGUCUUCGAGGGUAUACAAGCGGUACUCUUUCUCAUCUCCUGCGGUGAUUUUGAUCAGAGUCUGCGUGAAGAUUCACGACAAAAUCGGCUGCAAGAGGCGCUCAAUUUGUUCCGCAGCGUUUGGCAAAAUCGUUUUCUCGCCUCUGCCGGCUUCAUUGUCUUCCUGAAUAAGCGAGAUGUGAUGGAGCGUAAGAUACGCGCUGGAAAGCAUAUUGUUGAUUAUUUUCCUGAUUUUGAGGAUUUUUGCAAUUCACCGCAAGAGGGUAAUUAUUUCGAUGAAUCUGAUUGGACGAAACGUUUCAUUCAGCAGAAACUCAUCGAUAUCACGCACGAAACAUUUAAGCGCAAUUCUCGAAAUAAUAUUGACUAUUCGAGGCGAGAGUGUUACUAUCAUUUUACCGUUGCCACUGAUACAAGCUGUGUGCGGAAGGUCUUCAAUGAUGUACACCAGAUGAUUCUACAUCAGAAUAUAAAGCAGAUGGGACUACUGUGAUGAGAUUUUCAUAACCUGCAAGAAAAAUACUUUCUUCGACUGACCGAACCUCUAAAGCAUUCACUGAAAAAACAACAUACAUACAUAUAAUUAAAAUAAAUUUAUAAAAAUUUCAUUUUAUUGAUCAGACUUAAGUAGACUAGUAUAGAAAGAAGAUUCGCAUAUUAGAAAAAUAUGCAAUCCUACAUUUACACAACAGGACACAUCAGAUUUUGUGUAUUAACGUAAAAUGCUGAUGGAAGAAAAGAAACGAGAGACAAAUGCAUCAGCACUGCCAGUCACCGAUGAUAGAAUUGUAUGACAGUCAGAUUUCUUGUAGUACGAAUGAGUUGGUGCAGAGAAAAUAGUGGCAUAUGCUCCCUCAUACAUAGCAUAAAUAGUAUUCAUACAUACAUAAGUGAACGCAAGAAUAGUAAUUUUUAAUAGUAUUAGGUCCUAGCUGAAUCUUUGAAUUUGCUGUUCAGCGCUAUGAUUUAGCAAUUCCUAUUCUGCAACUGUGAUUUUAAUAGGGCUAAUUAUUGUAGGCAACAAUUAGUUUUAAUGCGUAGAAUUUUCUAUUGAAGUAUAUAUGUAAUAAUUUAAAACUAGCAUAUUAACAAAUAUUUGUAAACUAUCACACAAUAUGUGUAUACAUACCUUAAGUUUUUACAGAAGACCGAUUUUUGAACUUUUCUCAAAGCUAAUA